GACAGAGGACGGGGUUGCGGGGGGAGUAGAGGGUGUUUCUGUCGGAGUGACUGGAUUAAGAUCGAAUUAAAUCUAACAGAGGUAAAGUUUAAUUCACUUUUCUAGCUGCUGGAGGAAAGAAGAGGAGUCAGCUGACUUGGAGCAGCAGGAGGACAGGGUGAGUUCUGAUCCCAAACUGUACAUAAAGAAGAUGGAGUAUCAGCACAUUGCGACCCAGCAGCCCAGAAACUACGGCAUAGCCAACCCCGGUUAUGCCCCGGCAGCAGCGGCAGCAGCACCCGCAAUGUUCGCCCCACCCGGAGCAGCCGCAGCCGCGGAGGGCCCCAGCGCUCCUCCGGCCAGCAUGUUCGACAGCAUGCCUGGCUAUGAGGGAACAGUGGCGGGAGGAGGUGGAUUUCUGCCCCCUCCCAUGCCUGCUUGCCCAGUUCCUAUACCUGAGCCUGGACCUGAACAACCACACUGGAAUAUCCCGUCUAUAACUGAGGACACAGCUCGUGAGGCGUUAGUCCUGUUUGCCUCCAGCAAGUGCUGCUACAGUGCAGCACCAGCAAAGGAUGGUGUGAUCACCAACAUGGAGGCAUUCAAUACAUACAGGUAUCGUCUGGAAACCUUUACUGAAACAAGGUCUACAGACUGGAGUCAUGAGCCAUAUAAAGGGCAGCCAGUGGAUGCCUACGCCCAACCACCUCCAGGGCCUUGGGAAAUUCCGACUAAAACUCCCAGUUUUUUUCUGGAUGACAAACAGAUUAUCAAGGUUCCCUACACUUCAUCUAUGAAGAGCUGCCACGCAUGUAUGGGAAUGGGGCGAAAACCUUGCAAAGACUGUGCCGGUGCUGGUAAUAAAGUUUGUUGGGUGUGCAAUGGGUCUGGUUUCCGCCACGGAGACGAGCGAUGUCACCACUGCAAUGGAAGAGGAAGGGACAACUGCAGCCACUGUCAGGGGCAAGGAGCAAAGCAAUGUGACGUAUGUCAAGGAAAACAACAGCUUCUGGUCUACAUCAGACUCACUGUGAAAUGGACCAACAACUGUGACAACUAUGUUGUUGAACAGUUGAGUGGACUGCAGGUGAACAACCUCAGCACAGUGUCUGGGAAGGAGCUGUUCAGAGACUCUCAGUAUAUGGUAUACCCAGUGAUGGGCUUCCCAGACCCUGCAGUGGUGAAUGCUGCGCAGCGCCUUGUCAGUGAACACCAGGGCAAGUUCUCCCAGACAUCACGUAUUCUACAACAGCGCCAAACCAUCGAGCUGAUCCCUGUCACCAAAGUGACCUACUUGUGGAAAGGGAACUCAAACAUUUACUUUGUUUAUGGGAAUGAGUUCAAAGUUAAUGCAGACAACUAUCCUGCCACUUGUUGCUGUACUGUAAUGUGAUGUGACUGCAGUGGCUGUGUAUUGGAGGUGCUCACUUUCCAAGCCAACAGAUUUCCAAAUAUUAGUUACCAUGUUACUCACAGGUCAUUUCUAUGGAUUAUUAGAGCAUUCUCUGAUGUGUGGGCAGUCAAGACCUUGUUUAAUCCUUUGACACAGGCAUUUUAUCGAUGAGCUAAUAUGAGGCUGUACAACUCAUGUAGCUUUAUGAGCAAGCAAUCUUCACUGAAAAUCAAUUUGCCUUUGACAAACUUACCACAACAUCUAAUGUCAAGAAUUCAUGUGGUUAUGUCCCAUUUGUAUGUGCAUCACAGAGAAAUGUUUACUAAUAUAAUCUAAACCGAAUCCCUUGAUACUUGACAGUUAUUACUUUUGCAUGAUAUCAGUGAUUUUUUUAAUAAUCAGAAGAUAUUUCAUACAGAAUAUUAGUAGUGUGCUAUUUUAAUGUCACAACAUUUGUAUUUUUACCUAAUACGUUUGCUGCCACUGAAAUAUGAAUUAUUGAUAUAUUAAUUACAUUUGUAUGAUCUCAUAAUACAAUUUAAAAAACCAUGUAACUUCUAUGCAACGAUUCAUCCAUUUGAAUAAACGGCUUUC